UGUUCCACGCAGACUAACAUACAAUCAAAAUGUUCAAGGUACUUUUCCUCGCUACCAUCGCCAUGGCUGCCGCCAAGCCCAGUGUAGUCCCCGCUGCAGUGGUGGCUGCUGCGCCGCUCGUGGCCGCUCCCGCCCCUGUGGUGACGGCCUCCAGCUCGCAGUACAUCGCGCGCAACUACAAUGGCGUGGUGGCCGCACCUCUGGUGGCGGCACCGGCACCCUAUAUCGCCCCGGCUGCGCGCUUCGUGGCCCCUGCCGCGCCACUCGUCUCUGCAGCCGCCCCGCUGUACGCGCGAUACGCUGCCCCAUACGUUGCUGCUCCAUACGCGGCUGCACCUUAUGUGGCCGCACCUGCCCCUAUUGUAGCUUAUUAAUAACGACCAAACCAAAUCAUAUUGUAUAAUAGAAAAAAUAAAAUAUUUUCGA